AUGGCGUGUCAACUGUCAAGCUAUGAGCCACUCAAGGACCGAUUUGGCUUGUGGGGCUGUUACUACUACCACCACUUACACUCACCACCUCUUUCGGUGCUGGAUCUCUUUAUCAUCAUCAUCAUCAUCAUCAUCAUCAUCAUCAUCAUCAUCAUCAUCAUCAACUUGCAUGGCCGACGAACUCACUCGGACAUCAAGUCCAAGGCAAAAGCAACCCAAUAA